AUGGCAGCUGCACCCACAGCAAGGCGCAGUUGCGUUCCCCAGGAAUGGGCGCACGCCGUGAACUCGCUUGCCGCGCUGCACGCAGCUGCGGACCGCCUGCUCAGCGCCACUGAGCAACACCCAAUAGGCCUCGAGGUGGAUGUGCGUGUCGCGCCGAACGAUGCAGCGAUGGUGCCUUUGCUGCACCACGACCCAAUUGCUGCGGCGGAGGCGGCCGCGUGUGUUACCCUCGCCGCCUGGCUGGAGGAGCUGGCAGACAUCGUGGCGUCACGGUUAGGGAGAUUGGGCGUUGUGAAACUGGACUUCAAAGACCCCAGCGCCGCCGCCGCGGCGCACGCGUUGAUUGCCCAGACCUCCGCACUGUACGGCGAGUUAAGCGCCAAGUUUUUAUUCUGGUGGAACGCCGACAUCCUUGCGGUGGGCCCUCGUGACACGACGAGGCAGCCUGCGGAUCACCUCUCAUUUACCGCACUCCCCGAGGCGGAACUGCACGCACUGAUUUACGCCUUUGUGUCCCAUUUUGGCUUUGGCCUCUCGUUUGGUUGGAGGCUGCCGAAUGCGUUUGCGGCGUACGCGGCGACGGACGUGCUGCGGAUGCGUCAAUUUCUGCGGCGCCUUGCGGCGUACACCGUGGAGGACGCCGGCGGUGGCGUUUCUGUCGGGGAGGCGCGGUUGCGCCCGGCGUGUGUGACGUUUGCCGUGCGGCACUCUGCCGUCUUUGCGGCAGAGGCCACCGCGGGGCACGAGGCGCUCUGGCAGUCGCUCGACGGCCUGCUGGACGAGGCCCGACGCCUGUUCACCACAGCGAAUAACGCCCCGCCGUGUUUUUUGUCCUUCUGGCGGGGCAGAGGGGAGCGGCUCACGGGGGAGGAGGUUGGGCUGGCCAGGGCGCGCUUUCCGACGUGCACCGUGGACGCGAAUUGA